UGGGUGGUUUGGACGCAGCGCAGACAAAUUUGAUCAACAUUUUUGGUUAACAAGAAGUAUAUCUACCAUGGCAGUGCAUUUAGUGUGUCUUACAAACGAAGGAGGAGUUCCACUGUUUACACGAACCAAAGGAGAUGUAAAAACUCUUGCAUUUGCUGAACAAGGCAUGCUCUACGGCGUUCAGAUGUUUGCCCAGAACCAUGGGGUCAAGCUAGAAAGUACAACCACUGAAGAGGCCAAGGUCAUCUGGAAGGUGUUCCAUGACAGUGUAACUUUGGUUUUGGUGACCAGCAAUGAUGGGAGCUGUGAUGUACAUUUUAAUACACUUCUCAACCACAUAUUUCAUGCUAUGGUUAUGUUCAUAGGGCUGGAUACCCUUGUGAGUAUCAGGAAUGUAGAAAAACUUCGCCGGGAAAUAAAGGUAUGCUAUCCCGUUAUCGAUGCACUUCUUCAGGAGUCUGACAUGUUUGGUGCUCUGUCUUCAUCAGUAGAUGUCCUUAUCUCACCGGAGAAUACUACGUUACAGGAUCCUUUGGAGGCCUAUGUCACCAGUGCAGAUAGUACAUUUGGUUGUCUUCAUGCUGAUGGCAAGCUGGUCGUUGCUACGUCCAACUGGUGGUCACUCAGUGGUCAAGAGAUGAUGCUGGUGGCCAAAUUCAUCCAGUCUCUGCCCGUUGGGACGUCCAGUGAUGUCCCUAUCUACCUGCCACAUGCCAGCCCUAAGGAUCCUCAUAGAUUGUUGAGCAUCCACCUCUUACCUGGCGUUGUAGUGAGUGUGCUCUGCUACGCGAAUCCUACCCUAGCCGAGGCAGAGGAACAACUCAUCGAGCCAUCAUGGAGGUCGCACCACGAAGCACUCCGAGCAAUCCAAAGGGCGCCCCCAUCCAACAUUCCGCGGACAAUCCCUCUUGAUGCUGGGAUCUUGGGGUAUGUUUUAGUGAAUACCGAUCAGCACAAGUGCCUGUCCUCCAUGCAUCUUCCUCUGAUCGCUGGAGGCGCGGCCGAGAUGAAGCCCCUCCCACCGUACGCCCGGAGAGAGAUUCUCACGUCGUUCUACCGCACUGUCGCAGGAGGACUCUUCCCUCCUUCCGUCAGUCCAGAGAGACAGGAUUCAUCUGGUGAGGCCUACAAAUCCCUUCCACAUACUGCAGAGGAGACUUACAUGUGCGGUGAUGACUACAAGACUUACGCUCUCAACUCAGGAGGUUUUCAGUUCUACGUCCUCUUCUCAUCUGCAGUUCCACAGUAUGCUCUGAGAUCUGUGACCAAGAAUCUCCUUGGAACGCUGUCCAAAGAGAAGAUCUUUGUUGAUCGAAGGGCCAAAUCAUCAUGAGCGCUUUGGAAGGAGAUGGUCUGGAAUGGAAAGACAAGAAGAACAAGGUCAAGAUCAAAGUCUCUGUUGAGAUCAGUCAUCUACGUAUCGUGGAUGUGGGACAACCUGUUCAGGACGAGAUGACCUAUGAGCCAGGCUGCCAACAUUUCCACCAGUCGUGCAAACGGUGGAAAGACAAGAAGAAUGUGAUUAUUUUCCUUGGCCUCUGACCGCAUGAAAGUGGUCUUUCUUUCUUGGGAUGAGGGACCUCUCCAGAAUGAAAUGGUCUUCAUCUCCUGCGGAUCGUGCUGCUAUAGUAUGCAUUGGUCAUUGUGAUGGUUUAAAAUGGCAAGAUGGGAAGAACAAGGACAUAUGUGUAGUUCUUUACCUCUGAUGGCAAUGGCAUGACAGUCCUCUUCCAAUCCUGGAUAAAGUGGACAGAACAGGAUGGCUGUUACCUCCUGUAGGGUCAGGCUGCAAAAGUUGACUGAAGUCAAACAAAUGGUGGGAAUAAAAGAAGAGCAGGAUUGUUGGUCUCAGCCACUGAUGGCAUGACACUGAUCUUGCAUUCUUGGAUGCAAGAAAACCUUUCCAGAUUUAGAUGGCCAUUAUCUCUUACAGGUCAGGCUGCUAGUGCAAAGGUAGGCAUUGAAAGAGUUGAAGAAGUGUUCUGGUUGUCUUGCAAAGACAUCCCAGGAGCUGGGAUCUACUAAUGGAUCCCAUGGGCAAACUGCAAUUAGAUAUUCAUGCUUAUGAAAAAGUUGGGAAAAAAAUCGUACUUGCGUGAUUUAUGGUGCUUCAGAAAUUAGUUUUAUAGAAAAAUCAUCAAAUGUGAAUCCCUCAUCACCCAAUGACAGAACCUGACAGAUAGGCCUAUGUUGAGCAAUUUUGCUCUUCUGAUAUUACCCUUUUUGCACAGAGGAAGGAUUGUGGGGUUAAGGAAAACUGCUGUGGAAAUCAACUGCCUUGAGUGCAGCUAAAUGAUGAUUGACACAAUAUCAUUAAUAUUCAUUAUUACGUGCAAUAUGUGACAAGACCAGAAGGAGACAUAAAACGUGUGUGUUGAAAAUGUUAAUAUAACCAGCACUGAAGUUUGGAAAUGCUUAAAAUUUCUUUUCUGUUUUGUCUUUAUUACUUGAGCCAACAUGUCGAUUACUAAUGGCAGUAUUAUAUUUAUUAAUGUUGUACAAUGCCUACUUAUAAUGCAAGCAAAUGAGAUGCUAAAUGUGUGACAUACCGUUUGCACACAUACAAUCCAUAAUGUACAAUUGCUACUUCACAAUAUGAUUCAAUUCAUUGCACUUAAUUCCAGGUGCAGUAUGUGUGGGGCCUGCUUCGUGCUGCUGUUACAGAUAUGUUGAAUCUUGGAGAGAUUUUGCCCCUUUGGAUUUAUGUCGGAAAGAUUGAUUAUUGCUAUUUUCGCAAACAUUUGAGGUGUUAACAACACAAAUAGCGAAUAUUCUUAUUUUUGAAAGAAAGAAACUUGGGCAUGCCUUGUCGACUGGAAUUUUUUUCCACAUGCAAAUCUCGUACCUAAAUCAUAUCUAAUUGCCAUUUGUAUAUCGUUAUUCAAAACAUGGAACUAACUAGAAUUAAGAAUUAUAAGUUUGGAAUAAUGUGCUAAUGAGUUGAUCUCUCAGUUUAUCAAUUAUUUCUGAAUGAUGAUUCCUUAUGGCAUGUGAAAUAUCAUUUCUUGAAUUAAAACAGUAUUAAAUCAUUAUUCCUGUGGAUACUUGAUCAUCAUCACUCAGCAAAGGCAUUUAUAAAACAUGAAAGGCUAACAUGGUC